AUGACGUCUACAAUGUGCGACGACGACGGAACGUGCUUCUUCUACAUCAAGGCUGUAGACGAAGUGAACGUCAUUCAUGUGUACAACAUGUACACGCACCCUCCCGGAUAUGUGGAUGCCUACUUUUUCUAUCGAGCGGCGAUGGUCCAGUCCUGGAAUAAGUUCUGCUUUCAAGGUGGCAUGUUGGAUGUGCGCGCUCAGCUUCCUGGGGCUGUAACUGAAGCGUCUGGAAACCCGGACCUGGCGUUAGGGAAAAACGGCAAGGUCAAGACGACCAAGUACUACCCGACGUGGCCUGGAAUCUGGAUGAUGGGGAAUCUUGGUCGAGCCAUCUUUUCAGCAUCGACAAACCGAAUGUGGCCCGCAUCAGUGCAUGUGACGACAACCCUGGCUACGGUUUGA